AUGUCAGACUCCAAAACCGAUACCAAGACUCUUCUCAGAGGUCUGCCAUCACUCAAAGGACCCUUUCGACCCGUCGACUUGACCGUCCUUCCCAACACGCCGCAAGAGGCCUUCCACGAUUGGCUCCAGGACGCGAUUGACAACAAUGUCAAAGAGCCACAUGCAAUGACACUCUCGACAGUCGAUGAGCAUGGCUGUCCCGACGCUCGAGUUCUGAUCCUCAAAAAUGUCGAUCAUCGCGGCUGGCACUUCGCCAUCAAAGCGGACAGUCCAAAGGGCAAGCAGAUCGUCAACAAUUCUGCCGUCGCAUUGACUUUUUACUGGUCGCAACUCGGUCGUCAGAUCCGUAUCAGAGGUGUCGCGAAGGAACUCUCGGCUUCUGAAUGUGCUGCCGAUUUUCUUGACAGACCUGCAGGGUCGAAAGCCACGGCUCUUGCAUCCAAGCAGAGCGAAGUCUUGACAGAUACAACCACCCUGGAGCACAACUUGCAAGAAGCAAAAGAUAAAAUUGAGGCGCAACCAGGCUAUGUCGCCCCUGCAUGGAAGGUGUUCGCUGUCGCUCCCAAGACUGUAGAAUUUUGGCAGGGCGCGACUGAUCGCAUGCAUCAAAGAUUGAACUAUCGCAUCUCUGAGGGCGAAGGGACUUGGGACCGAGAUAUUAUCUACCCAUGA